AAUAAAUGUCCAUUUUAACAAGUGAAUUCCUCCAAAGAUUAAAGACUCUGCUUGUCGCAGAUGCUCUUAAAGUUAAUGUGCAGUAGAAUAAAAAGGACUGUCUCACCUUGAAUCUGUUAAUUUGGGCAAAAUUCGGAUUCAAGUCAGUAGCAGUGACUUGUUAAAGUGCACAUCUCCUGCAGUGCAGUGGGUCCUCAGUCUCUCCUCAUUCUAUCUUUGGCUUCUAAACCCUUUUCUGUUACGCUUCAUCUUUUCUCACCAUUUGGACUCCCUUUGACCACUUUAACAACCUUGCCAUACAAACCAGACGCCCGUAAUAACCUUAUAGGCAAUAAUUGGAAUUGAGGUUUUUUUUUUUUUUCUGUACCCCUUUGGACGCAUGCGCAUUGGGGGAGCGUAGGCUACUGGUCAGUCUGAGAAGCAGCUGUUCAGGGCUGGUGAAAUUCCAACAUGGCAGUGGCUGUGGUCAGUGUUUCCUGCGUUAACUUGGGAUGGUUUCAGCUCGCUCGCAACCCGGCUUAACCUCGGCACCCCGUUCAUCAGCAGAACCCCUCCCCGGGAUCGAUGCGAUCCUAACCCCGCACGUGAGAGGUCGACCUGUCGCAAAAAAAAACAGCACGAGAUGAUCAGCAGCAGCAGCGUCUAUGGCUUAAAGAUGCAGUGGACCCCCGAGCACAGCCAGUGGGCCGAACAGCAUUUCGACAUCUCCUCCACCACGCGCUCGCCAGCCCACAAGGCUGAAGCCUACAGGGCGGUACCUGGCCACCUGCAGCGCUCUGCCACCUACCAGUAUGCCUGGGCCAAUGAUGACAUCUCAGCCCUCACCGCCUCCAACCUGCUAAAGAAGUAUGCCGAGAAGUAUUCCGGUAUUCUGGAGAUGCCGGGCUCUUAUUCUGAGGCCCCAGGGGUCCCAGGAGUCAUGAACGGACGGAAAGGUGAAUCAGAGCCCUGGCAGGAUGGCGUCUAUCCCAUGAGCUGCAUCCCCGAGGGGGUUUCUGUCAGAAAGGGAGGGGUGGCGGCGGCUUCAGAGGUGGUGUCUGGCAUGUGCAGCUCCCCAGGCCUGGCCUCCAGCACCCUGAGUGAGCCCAGCUACUCCAGCAGCAGCUGUGGGAGCCACACUGCCACCGCCCUCCACUCCUCCUCCAUGCCCUCUCAGGAAUAUGGCCCUGCAUACAGCAGCUCUUACCUGCACAGUAGUUACAGCUCCCAGUCUGCCCCCGCCCCAGCACUUCCCUCCCCACUACACAGCUCUGGGCUCCUGCAGCCACCCCCUCCACCACCCUCCCACCCCACUUUAGUCCCAGCUUACAACGGAGGCUCCCCCAACUUGUCUACUUAUAAUUACCCCCCAGCAGGAUACCCAGCUCAAAGCUCAGUCGGGCCAGGAUACAGCCCUGGGGGAGCACCCCCUCCUUCCUCAUACCUCCCCUCAGGCAUCGCUGCACCUACACCCCUUCCCCCCUCUUCUGCUUUACCUGGAUACCCAUACCAGAGCCACAACCUGACCCCAAUCGCCCCCACACCUCUCAACAAUAGCUCUUCCAACUCACUGAAGAGGAAAGCCUUCUACAUGACAGGCCAAGGAGAGAUAGACUCCUCUUAUGGUAACUUUGGCUAUGGCCAGGCUCGGAACUCAGCUGAGAGCCCCAUGUACAGGAUAGCAGACAGCAGCAGUGCAAAUGGAGGCUCCAACAGUGCCAGUGGUGGUGGAUUUGACAGGAGUGCUGAAAAGUCAUCUUUACCUUUUAAUCCUCAGAAGCAGUCCACGAUGUCCUCAGAGCAACAGCAGAGGAAGUACAGCAGCCAGGCAACAGGUGGGCCACUGACUCCACCAGCCUAUGUCUCCUCCACCCUGGGGGGUUCCCGCUCAGCAGAUUCCCUUGUCAGCUUCACCUCCCCAUCCCUCAGUGAGCAAGGUGCUGAUGAUCACCGUCUCCAUCUCUCCCACUCAGCGCCAGGGCCUACCUCUUCUUCAUCCACUUCCUCCUCCCGGCCUGCUGAAGAGCAGCUAAAAACCAGUGACCCUCACCUCCUAGACAUGGUUACCUCUGAAAUCGUUCAGCAGGGGCCCCCAGUUGAUUGGAGUGACAUUGCAGGAUUAGAACUGGCCAAGGCAACCCUGAAGGAGGAGGUCCUGUGGCCCAUUUUGCGCCCGGACAUGUUCAGCAGUUUAGGACCAGCCCCCCGUUGCGUGUUGCUGUUUGGCCCCAGGGGCAGUGGCAGGACGUUGCUGGGUCGCUGCCUGGCCAGCCAGCUGGGAGCACCAUUCCUCCAGCUCAGUGGUUCCACGUUGGCCACCAAGUGGCUGGCAGACGGAGAAAAAAUUAUCCGAGCAUCGUUCCUGGUAGCGCGCUGCCGGCAGCCCUCAGUACUGUUCAUUAGUGAGGUGGACAUGCUGCUGUCAGCCCACCUCAGUGAAGAGAGUCCCAUCAACCGACUGAAGGGGGAGCUACUUGCCCAGUUGGACUCACUUCUCAUGGGCUCAGGCGACGACGGAGGCAACCAAGUGUUGGUGGUUUGCUCCACAAGCAGACCCCAGGACAUGGACGAAGGGCUGCGCAGGUACUUUGCUCGGAGGGUCCUUGUGCCCCUGCCGGACAGCACAGCCCGACACCAGAUCGUGAACCAGCUCCUCGCUCAAUCUCAGCACAAAUACUGCUUGAGUGAGGAGGAGCUGGUGCUGCUGGUCCAGCGUACGGAAGGUUUCUCCGGACUGGACCUGGCCAGACUCUGCCAGGAGGCCCUUGUUGGUCUGUUACACGUCUCUGCACAGGGCAUGGAUAUGACAGGUAUGAUGCCCAGGGGACAGGUCAGGCCCCUCACCUACCAGGACUUUGAGAGUGUCUUUUGUAAAUUCCAAGCCAGUAUAUCGCAGAAAGAGAUUGACACGUACACUGAGUGGAACAAAAUGUUCGGCUGCAGCCAGUGAAAAGAUAGAUUCCGCCCUUGAGAAAAAGAGGCAUCCACAAUUCCUCCCCUCAGGGCAGAAGCAUUGUGCUGGAGGGAAAGGCACACAGAAGGCCAACACAAGCCCACUGAGCUCUCACAAGCAGGGUUUAGAUGCACCGAGAAACCUGUUUGAGACAACUGGCAGUUUUGCAGUUGAUGAGCAAGAGUUUUAAUUUGAAUGCUUGACACUCCAGAAAACCAGGCAUUGUUUACACAUUGCAAGGAAGUUGGCUUCAGAAGAGACACCCCAAUGUCUGUGUACAUAUCGUUACGUUCUUGUUCUUGAGAUUUAGUUGGCUAUCCAAGUGCCUGAAGUGGUGCUUUCUGAUUUUCUUUCUUUGUUUAUUUGCCUCACAAUCUACAUUCAUGGCAUGAGCUGAUGAUUAUUAAGAGCUUUAAAACUUCAGCGGUGAGUCUGAAAAACAGAUUGACAGUUGCCAUUGGUGGUGGUCAAUUCUUUAUUGUCUUGCUAAGAGCAGUAAUCCAUCAGGGCGGCAGUAGUCUGGGCCCUGACUCACACUCAUCUCUUCUGAUCCUGUGUCUGCAAAACAAACAAACGUAACAAACAAAACUCAGGAAAGCAUUUGUGAAUUGUACAGUACCUCAAGAUAUUUUGACGAAAAGCACUAAGAUCUGAGAGGAGAAUCCGAGGUGUAUUUGGCAGUUUAUGUUUAGCAAAGCAGUGUUAGGUGUACCUCAACUGGCUAGGAUAAAUAGCAAAGAGGUGACAAUGAAUGUACUAGAUAUGUUCUGGAAUGAUGGGACAUAAUCAAUAGUGAGAGUAAAAACAUAAUUUCUUUUCAUUUUCUUCCUCACAGCAGGUGCUUUAGUUACCUGUUUCUACUUGACCAAUCCUGAAGCUUAUUUCCAUCGCUCUUAAAAAAAAAUGUAAAACCGUGUUGCCCAGCUUUGUUGUUUUGGGGUUUUAAGAGACGGGGAGGUGUUGGGGUGGUGGGAGUUGUAUAUUUAUUAAAACAACCAUAUUCAACAUUGUUUAUAUUGUGCGAUCUAGGCUAUAUGGUUAGGCUGCAUGGAGGCGCCAUCAGUUUGUCAGCUAACUUCUGCGCAACAUAUCUGCUCAUUUGUCAUACAGUUUAGUAAGGGAAGGUGUAUUCUCUGAUGUGGAUGAAGUUGAUGCUAAAAACACCUCCAAAAAACUUUAAGGAAUUGUUUGACAUUUUGGGAAAUACACUUAUUCUUAUUUCUUACAGAGAGUUAUAUGAAAGAUCAAGCAAAUGCCAGUAGCCGGUUAGCUUAGCUUGGCAUAAAAACUGAAAACCGUGAAACAGCUAGCUUGGCUCUGUCAGACGGUAACAAACUCUAUUUCACAAUUUGAGGUUUUAUAGGGGGUAAUGAGCAGCUAAGCUAACGGGCUGCUGGCUGUAGCCUUAUAUUGAACGGAAAGAUAAGAGAGUGGUAUCGACCUUCUCAUCUAACUCUCGGCAAGAAAGCGUAUUUCCCAAAAUGUCAAGCUAUUCUUCACAGUGAUAUCAGAGACAAUUGACUGUAUCUCUUUGUGUGGGUCUUGAAUUAAAUGUUUGACUUAAUGUCAUUUGGUCUAGCUUAUUCCAGUUGGUUUCAGCCAGAAUGCUGUUAUUGAAUAUCAGUAAAUAGCUAAUUUGCUGUGUUCAAGGAAUAUCUGUUUUUAUAACAGUAAAUAGGAUCAAGGGAGCUUAUUCCAAAUAUCCUCCUAGUUUUUAAGUUGGAUUUGAGGUAUCACAACUUAGAUUUGGAAAUAUGGAUUUUGCAAAGUUGCCUUGUCACACUUUUUAGCUGUAUUUGAACUGGAUUAGCUGUAGAAUGGGAUACCACUCCUGUUGUUUGAAUUAAGCAAUGUCAUUCAUCCAGUACAUAUCUUACAUGUCUAUAAUAAAAAGUAUGGAAAGUAGAAAAUCAUUACAUUACAUUAAAUUACUGUGUUUGUCGGAUGUCAGAGGUAAUUUGAUAAUAGCAAUUCUGAUUGAUUGACAUCUCUGUAAUGCAAUUAGCAUUGUUAUUGUAGUGGCCAUGUUAUUGUUCGACCAGCGGGCAUAUACAUAGUUAGCAAAACUGUAAGGGACACUAUUUUAAUCAAGUUACAAUCAGAAAACUGAUUUUAAUCAAAAGCGUUUAUCCAAAAUGACUGCCCCAGACUUACUAAUCCAUUUCAAACCCUUGUUUGUCAUUUUUUUCUCAUCUGUAACUGUAUUGUCCGUUUUAUUUUUCACUAUAUUUACACAGAUGGCACGAAGCACAUAAUCUGACUGAAAAGCUUUGUAACAAGAGUGAGGAAUUUUGGCACUAGUCUUAAAGUCCUUCAUCUCUGAAGGUUAUCUGUUGCCCAUUGUAUUGCAUUGGAAUGUAUUUUUGUCUCUUCCUUGUCACCGUGUAAGAAGCUGUCCUUUAGCACUACUGUUGUGACAUGGGAGUACUUAAGAUAGUUUAAUGUACGUGCACUAAAGUAUUUUGUGUGUAUUACUGUUUUGUUGUAUCAAUGCCAUUGGCAGCGCUUGAUUUGUUUUGUUUUGUCUAUCUGGUAUUUAUCCUGAAGGAGAUUUCAUUUAUCUGAUUAUCAGUUUUACACUUUUAUUGUACAUCCUGCUUUUUUUAAAUAAUAUCAGUGUUGAAGUAGGAGCUACACACUGUAUGUGCAAGCCCACUCUGUGUUGCUAUCUCUGGUCUAGGCACCAUCAGUGCAGCACCUGAUGGGGGUGGUGGAGUUCUGCUGAGCAUCAGCAAAAUUGACGGAAAGGAAAGACAGCCAGGCAGUAUGGCGGCAGCACAAGGGGAAAGCAGAGUGGUCCGUCAGAAAACCACCCUCAAAACAAUCUGUACCAGAAUUCCUUCUGUCAGCAAGUCCUCUGGAGAGAGAGUCCCUUUAGACAGAAAAACCUACUAAUGCACUUCAGAGCACACAUCAACAGCACAGGCAUUCUCUCUCCACAGCCGACGAACAAACGACUUGAAACACACCAGUCAAUGCUACGCUUGUUUGUUACGUGUUUUGUUGUCCUUCUUUUGUGUCUUGACCUUUUUCUACAUGGUGUUUAAAUCUAGCUUCUUCUUUUUUCUUUUUUUUUUGGAAACGUUUCUUUAAAUGGACGCUAGAGUUCUUCUUUAAAGCAUUUCUACCUCAUGGCUGAAAAACACACGUGGUAUUUGAUUUACGUCUUUCCAAAUGUCAGACAUUUGUGAAAAAUGCAUUGAAAAAAUAAAAUAAAAUAAGAAGUGGAGAGAAUAACACCAUGAAGUUUUGCGCAGUCUACCUCAGAUGACUGUACUUAAAACAUUUAGCUGAUGGUGCAACUGCAGGCUGCAGCAUAGCCUAGUGUGUGUGUGUGUGUGUGUGUGUCUCUGUCACUGUGUGUCAGAUCUGAGCCUUAGGCAAAACACACACACACACCUGAUAACUCUUAACAUCAAAAACACACUCACAAGCGACUUGUGAGGAAGGAACAGUUGGGGUCGACCUAAAGGUGACCUGGAAAUGUAUAAUCCAAUACAUUUGCUUUAAUCUUUUGUGAACUACUGUGGUUGUGCGCGUGUGAAUGUGUAUAUACGUGGGCACACUCUUCUUUUUUUUAUUUAGUGUGUUGAAUUUUAUAAAUUGUUAGUAUAUAUAACACACUUGCACAACUUUAAACCAGAGUGUAACGUGUUUCUGUUGUACAUACCUAUACAUACAAUACAAAUGCACCACUUGUUUAUAUGUGUGAAUAUGUUGCCAUACUUGCAGUCAACUUAAAUGUAUUUUCAUGUAAUCUUAGGUACAAGCAGCAACAAACGAUUCAUUAAAGACAUUUUCUUGGGAGAUUA